AAUAGUACUUCAUCUGCCUCCUCUCCUCGUCCUCCUCCAUAUGAUGUGUUUAUCAAUUUCAGAGGUCCAGAUACUCGCACAAACUUUGUCAGUCUGCUCUACAAAGCUCUAAUAAAAGAUGGAAUCAAUGCCUACAGAGAUAGCGAAGAACUCCGGGAAGGAGAAGAGAUUUGCCCAUUCUAUUGUAAGAGCAAUCCGAGGGUCCGAUAUCUCCAUUCCUGUCUUCUCUAAAAAGUAUGCAGAUAGCAAAUAUUGUCUCUUGGAACUUGGAAAGAUAUGGGAGUGUCAUAUAUCUGACGGUCAAACCAUUCUGCCCGUAUUCAUUGAUGUUGAGCCACGGGAUGUUCUACAUCAAACUCUGCAAGUUUUGAGGGAUCAUUUCAGGAACACCAGAGGAAGUAUGAUUCUGAUGUCGUAAAGAGUUGGAAGAAUGCUUUGAAAGAGGUGGGGAAUCUAAAGGGAUGGUUUAUCAAGGGAGACGCAACCAUUGAGGAUCAGUCAAAUGUAGUCGAGAUAAUUGUUCAAAGAGUUUUAAGAGAACUAAGUAGCACCCCCUUGGAUGAAUGUAAACACCCUGUUGGAAUAAAUUCCCACCUAGAUGCACUACUUUCUUUGUUGAAUAUUAGUUCAAAUGGUGUACGAUUUGUUGCAAUAGGUGGAAUGGGUGGCCUCGGAAAGACAACUAUUGCAAAAGCCGCCUAUAAUCGCAUCUUUAGAAGCUUUAAUGGGAGUAGCUUUCUUAUAGAUGUGAGAGAAGAAGCAUCACAAGGAAAUAAGGGUUUAGUUUCCUUGCAAAAUCGACUUCUUAAAGAUAUCUUGAAGAGGGACCACGACGUGAGCAUUGUUUCUAAAGGAUCAAAAUUGAUAGAAAAACUACUUAAUCGAAAAAAAGUUCUUCUUAUUCUUGAUGAUGUGGAUGAUCAUGUACAACUUGAUGUAUUGGUUGGUGGAAUCAAUUGGUUUGGUCAAGGAAGCAGGAUCAUCAUAACGACUAGAGAUUACCAAAGUUUGAAUGCACAUAAAGUUGAUAAAGAUAUUCAAAUAUACAAGCUUGAAGGACUGGAUUUUGAGAAUUCUCUUCAACUCUUAAGCUUGUAUGCCUUUUCAAAGAACGAACCUCCAGAAAAGUAUAAGCAACUUUCAAAUGAAAUUGUAAGUUGUGCUGAAGGGUUACCGCUGACUCUAGAGGUGCUGGGUUCUUUUUUAUUUGAUAAAGACAAAGAAGAAUGGGAAGAAACAUUACACGGAUUGAGAGAUAUUCUUGAUGACAAGGUCUCUGGAAUGUCAAUAAAAAGCUAUGAUGACAAGGUCAUUGAGAAGUUGAAGAUAAGUUACGAUAAAUUAAGUGAUCAUGCGAAAACUAUAUUUCUUGAUAUUGCAUGCCAUUUCACUGGAUGGAUGGUAGAAACAACAAUUCCAAUAUGGGAAGCUUGUGAGUUACGUCCUAGAUUAGCAAUGAAAGAACUCACUCAAAAGCACCUCCUAAAGAUAGAGAAUGAUUUUCAGGAGCAAAAAUUGAGAAUGCAUGAUCAGCUUCGAUUUAUGGGAAGGAGAAUUGUCUCAAAAGACAGCCAUGGGGACCCUGCCAAACGUACUAGAUUGUGGUCAUGUGAUGAGAUCUUAAAAUCAUUAAAGAAAAGCACGUUCCUCCAGGAACCAAAUCAAGAUUUGUUGCUUGCGAGAUAAAGAGCUGCCUGAAGGUUGUACUCAAGGGUCAACCUCCAUAAUAGAUGGAUCCUUUACCAAUCUGUCAAGGGUGAAAACUGUUUUUGGAGUAUAGAGGAUGUGAAGCAUAUUUCUGUCCUUUUGAUGAAGCACAAUCAGAGGGAGUGGUGGAAGUGUUUGGUGAAAGGCGACCCUGAAAUUUAUGUACUCAGAAAAGGGGAAACUAAGAACAACAAACUCUCUGAUCUGGACCCUAAAACCCGAUAAACUGUGGAAAAGAUGAUGUUUGAUCAGUGACAGAAAUCCAUGGGCCUUCCUACAAGCGAUGAGAACCAGAAGCAAGAGAUUCUCAAGAAAUUCAUGGCAGAGCAUCCAGAGAUGGACUUCUCAAGGGCAAACUAAUCA